AUGGCUACCCUGCAGGCCCCGGCGGCGUCUCGCAAGCGGCGGCCCAAAGCGCAGUACGUGCAGGCGGCCAAGCGGGCCCGGGCCGGGGCGGCGCGCCAGCUGGAGGCCGGCAUGCGCGGCAUCCUCAUCACCUGCAACAUGAAGGAGCGCAAGUGCGUGGCCGAAGCCUACUGCCUGCUGGGCGAGUACGGGGAGCAGCUCUACGGGCCCGAGCAGUUUGCAGACCACGACGACAACAGAGCAUCAGGAAGCGAGGAGGAGGCAGAGGAGGAAGACGACGCUGAAGCUGCUCUGAGGAAGGAAGUUGAUCAGAUCCGCACUUCGACAGAACAGAAGCUGAGACGCUUCCAGUCCGUGGAGAGCGGGGCCAACAAUGUGGUUUUCAUCCGGACUCUGGGCAUAGAACCCGAGAAGCUGGUGCAUCACAUCCUGAAGGACAUGCACACCACCAAGAAGAAGAAAACCAGAGUCAUUCUGCGCAUGUUACCGGUUUCCGGCACUUGCAAAGCCUUCCUGGAGGUCAUGAAGCGUUACGCGGAGACCUUCUUCGAGCCCUGGUUUAAAGCUCCCCAGAAGGGCACUUUCCAGAUUGUCUACAAGGCUCGCAAUAACAGCCACUUGAGUCGGGAAGAAGUCAUCAAAGAAUUGGCAGGAGUGGUCGGCCACCUCAACCCAGAAAACAAAGUCGACCUGAGUAACCCUGAGUUCACCAUCGUGGUGGAAAUAAUUAAAAACAUCUGCUGCCUGAGCGUGGUCAAGGACUACGUCCUCUUCCGAAAAUACAACCUCCAGGAGGUGGUGAAGGGCAACCAAGGGGAGAGGCCACUGGGUGCCCCGAAGGCGCCGCAGGAGGGCAGCUUGGAAGGGGCCAUCCUGGCUAAGGAGAAGACAGAAGACAAAAACCUUAACACGGAGGCAGCCAAGGAAGAGGCCAGCGACAAUCACAAGGACGGUGACCAUUAA